AUGGGAACUGAAGAUAAAGAAAAGGAUCUUAUGCCGUCUAUCAAGAUAAAGGUGUUAUUCUUUGCCCGAGCAAGAGACCUAACUGGAAUGACAGAUACUUCCUUGGAAGUUUCACCUGGUGCCACUGCUCAUGAUUGCUUGAAUAAGCUAAUUUCCCAAUUCCCAGGCCUUGACGAGAUACGUAACUGUAUGGUACUCGCUCUAAACGAGGAAUACACCUCCGAGUCUACUGUUGUUAAGGAUCGAGACGAGUUGGCAAUCAUACCUCCUAUUAGUGGAGGUUAG